CUCCAAAAAUCCUCCCGCAUCAUCGCGACUUUUCCUCAAAAAUCCGCGAACAGAACCACGAGCAUCAGCGUUCAAUCCCCGCAUCGACUCGCAAUCGCUAAAUUUUCGGUUAUCGAGAAUGAGACUCGGUGCACUACCAUCAUGAGCGGAGUUGGUCUCGAGGUCCUCCUAGAGGAUCUCAUUCCCGAGAUCGCAUAUUCUGGUGAGAAAGGAGUUUCGAUAACCGAGCUGCUGAAAAUCGUACGGCGAUAUCACCUCAGCCUCGAGGGAAAAGAUGCUUCAACAGAAGAAGACGCAAUUGGGGGGUUGCAGGCGCCAAUCAGCGAUGCCGACUUUGAGAAAUCACUUACGGAUGCCGAAAUGGCAUCUGCCCGUUGGGCCUGGGACUGGCUGCGUUCUCGACCACAAGUUCUCAUCAACGGAAACAAGCGGUGGAACCGGCUCGAGUUGGGCGAGGCCCUCGCAUUGCCAGACGCCGGCUCAAUUGACCCAGCACUUGCCCCUGCUCCGAGCGAUUCUAAAGUAACCCACCAAACCAAGGGCAAAAAGCCCAAAAAGACCCUCACCACCCGACCCAGGAUACACCCCGCCGAGGAUCUUGUCUGGCAGACUCUCACUCGCCAUGGCGUCGACUACAAGCGGGUUCCAGCUCUGGAAUGGGCCUGCUUGCAGGGAGUCGCAUCAUCUAGAUCCGAGGGCAUCCUUCAGAGCGAUCUCCGGCGACUCGUCGAUCAAGACAAACGGUCAUUACCAAAGCGGACGGAUUCGCUUGCUCGGAAGGGCUACAUUGCGAAGCGGACGGUAGUUGUGCAGAAGAUGAAGACGAGCAGACUGUGGUUGAUUGACUUCGCCCCUCCCCUAGUCGAAGCAGAAACAUGCGGUCUCGACUUGACCCCCGAGACGCUCAGCAAAAAUCUUGAACCCGUCCCCUGGCAUCAACGCUGGACCGGAAACAACAUUGACAUGGACGCACUUGGCAGGACCGCUGUGGGCGUCGUCAAGGCUUUCAACGUCAUCCGGUAUGCCGACCUAAGGCUCAAGAUGGGUGUUUCGGGGAAAAGGUGGCAGAUGAAGACGUUGGCCAAAAACUGCCAGCGUUUGGUUGAUGUCGGCGUACUGAAGUACACGGCCGCCUCUUUCCCCGGCACCCGCAAGGUCUUCAAAGACUGCCUCAAGUUCGUGCGCGAGCCCAAUUCCGAAGAGUGGGACAAGUUUCUUGCCACUGGAAAAAAGACAUCGCUGUAUUCGGAUCCGACGAGACACCGUGAGCCGAAGCCCAAUGCGCUUGCUCUCUAUGGUAAAUCGGGGGAGGACGGUCAGGGGAGCAGCGAUCCCCGGUCCAAAGUAAAGCGCAUAUUCAGCGGCUGGAUCCCCGAGAAGCCUCUCGCCCAGACCGUCUUUGAAGUCAUCCGGAGCGCCGGCCUAGAAGGCGCCUCAAACCCUCAGGUUAGCGUGGCUACAGUUGGCUACCAGCAUCGACGGUAUCUUUCCAGCUAUCUCACCAAAGUCGCCGAAACCCAGCAACCGCUGCACCUCAAGAAGUUCCAAGUCGUCAGCAAGCUCGUUCGCACGGGCAAAACUUCCGCCUAUAUGUUCUCUGCUCCCGGAUCAAUAGGCCAGGAGGCCCUUCCUCAAGUUGAUGAAAGGGAGGAACCGGUACAAGAUCAAGGAGCUGCUGAGGGCUCUUCGAACGCGACGCCGAGCAGCCCAUAUGGCUUUGGACAGAUCCGGCCCAAGGUUUUCAGUGCGGGCAAGGGCUUCUCGCUUGCGGACAUGUCACGGGUCGCUAGGAGAUCGAAGCCUUCAUCCAAGCGGAAACUUCUGCCUCGCAUCAAACCUCAACAUUUGGCUGCCGCCGAAGCUGCUGCCGAAGCUGCCGUCGAAGUUGCUUCUGAGGCUGCUGUCGAAACUGUCACUGAGGCUGCUACGGUUCCCGAGGCCGCUGCCGAAGCUGUUCCUGACGUUGCCACGGGAGAGAGUGCUACCACCCCCGACCCGAGCAGUCGGCCGGCCGAAUCCAAUGUCAAUGGAUCUUUAAAACGCCCCUUCGAUGAAAUGGAGACCGGACCUGGGGACGCCGAAGACGCUGCGAUUGAGCCACCAAAUGACCAAGAACAAGUCCCGUCGCCAAAUCCCACGGCGGUCAAUGAAGCCACCAGGGUGCGAACAAACGAAGAGCUUAUCUUGAACGUCCGAUACAACAGCAUUGUUGGGAAGCUGCAGGUCCACCGCCAAGACCGCAAGCUCACAUUCUUGAGAUCCGGAAGAGGCAUGAAAAAACCCGUCAUCAUUCCCGUCGACGACGGCCUCGCCGAGCCGAUCAUACAAGAUGUUCCGGAGACCGACGAGAAAAGCUUGGUGGUCAAUACUAGGCAAACGGACGGGGCACAGACCCAGAUAUUUGUCUUCAUCUUUAACAACGAAGACCAAGCCAACGCUAUUUGGAUCCAAGAAGAAGUCACCAAAAUGAGAUCACCCGAUUACCAGGUCCCUACCCCCGAGGAGAUUGCGGCCGCUUCCGAGGCGAUCGCAGCUGCGACCGCUCCCUCUGGAGCCGCUCGCGGUAAAGGCCGGGGAGGUGGCCGAGGCAAAGGCAAGAAAGGACAGGCUCUACCCGCCGGAGUAAAGCCAUACGUCUGUGAACUAUGUGGUGGUGCCUGGAAGAACGAUCUUGGUCUCAAAUACCACCUAGAGAAGGCUCAAGUUCCCUGUAACCCGAGCUUCGACCCUACGAUCCUGCUCGAGCGAUCCCGGAAGCGUCGUAAACUUUCACCAGUCCCUCCGUCCGUUGUCAAUUCUGAAGCCGGCGAUGAAGAGCCACCAGGACGCACGCGCAAAGCGAGGGGUGGGAAGAAAGGCGAGAAGAGAGGCCCUCGGCUGCAGCACAGAGUCCGCGCUGCUAUGCGCUCUACACAGGAUCCAGCUCACAAGUUCCGUGGCCUCAAAAUCCCCAACGUUGAGGACGAGGAGGGGUCAGCAGGUUGGGAACCAGAGCGCCCUAAGCGGAUACUUAUGGGCCCGUCUGGAUUAGAAGGAUACGGUUUGACCGUAAAGAGCGUCCUCCCCACGGGUCCGUCACACAUCUCGAGGCCCAGGGCAUACUCUAGCGCUGAACCUCGCCCUUUCACGAUCGGCACUGUUUUAUGCCCCAGAAAUCCGCUCGCCAAGAAUGCCGCCACCCAGAACAAAUCAGCGGUGGUUGAGGAAGAUACUGUCAACGUGGUGACUGCCGACCAGCCGCUAGAGCAAAUGCCUUCUUUGCCGACGGCACCCGCAACGCCCUCGCAUUCCCGGAAUUCUGAGGAUGCUCCGGUGACCAGGGAUGCAUACAAUGGCGAGCAAUCUUCCCACAGACCCCUCGAGGGCUUUACCCUGCGGCAUACGAAUGGAACGCCUCGCUCCAACCGAUAUGAUGUUUCACCCUCGAGAAAGUCUCUGAUGGCGAGUCAAUCGGAGGUAGCUGAGAGUGAAUAUCCAGACCUUCCCUAUCAACACGAGGGGCAGGACUCGGGAAGAAGUUUCGAGCUAGAAACAUUGGCACCCCACAACGACCAAGGCGGAUACAAACCAUUUACCCGCUCAUCAAACUACGACCGCAUGACCAGCGAUGCGAAGAGGCGAACCGCCCAAGCUUUCGAUAUCAUAAACUACCUCCUAGACAACAAUCUCGGCGUGUUCCCGGGCGACAAGGCGCUGUUCUACGCUCUGACUAACGUGUUCUUGAAAGAGUUCAGGAAACAGAUGCCGCCUACCUGGAAAAACUGCACCAGUGCGGUCAAGGCGAUUGAGACUCGCAAGCUCGCCGCCCUCCAUACCCAUAUGCUCAAAACCGAAAGGGGCAGGCUACAGACAUGCACCUUGCUCAUCAAAACCGGCGUGGACCCGAACGGAAUCAUAGCAACCAGGAUGAAACAGAGGAUGCGCGAGACAUACCCGGCCAUCUUUAUCCCGCCUGCCUUCUCCCCAACCCAGCAAGAGCUGGCCCUCUUGCAGGAACUCGACAGGAAAACUACCGACAAGGACAAUGUCAAGCCGAAUGCAAACGGCCAGAAGUUCCGGAGCAGGCGCAAGAUCGAGGAAAUCGAGGUUUUUGAUGCUCCUUACUACAUGGACACCGCUCCUGUUGUCGGGCCCAAGAGGGAUCCCCUCUGGAUCCGGGAUACUGAGCGGUUGGUUGAUGACGGGUUCAUGAGUCGAAAGAGGUCACUCGACGACUCCUCCUUGGGACCUUUGCAAAAGAGAGCGCGGGCUGGCUUCCAGGUCGAUGAGUACGACGAUAUACCGGUGGAUCCUAGCAUUCUGGGAGACUCCAUGCCACAGUCACAACACGAACAGCAAGACGGCCCUUCGGUACUUGAAGCAAUCAAGGCGUAUAGCUUGAUGCCGGCGAAACUAGGCCCGCGUGGUGGGCGACGACGGUUAUCGUACUCGUACAAGCCAUUGGCUAAACUAUCCCCCGAGCUUGGUAGAAUCAGGAACCCUGGGCUGGAAAGUUUGCCUAAUGGUUUCUUUGGCGGUACUUCGACUCCGGCGGCAAUCCAGUUUGUUCCACCCGUGGUCCUGAUUCUAGACCCCAACACAGGCCUAGAGGACGAAGUCCAGGAGGUUGAGGAAGGCCGGAGCCAGGACCAGACUUCGAGUCGGGAAAGCACGGAGGAUAUCCUGGACGAGGUUGGUGCCGAGGAUGGUUUUGAAGAAGCAGUCGAGGCGCCCCAAACAUUCCGAUUCGCCUGGCCCUCGGUUCUUGAGCCCGUAACCAAGGGUACCUGGCCUGAUCACUCCCUUGGCUUUUUCGAGCACUACGAAGGCAGCUUUACUCUCAGCGGCUGGAUGCCUGGCCUGAAGUGGCUCCAGCGUCAGAACUUCCCGACCAGCGCCGAGGAAAUGGCGGAAAAGCAAAAGGCUGAGAAGAUCAGACUGCGCGACUGGGUCGACCGGGACUAUGCCAGAUUCUGUUCGAUCGUCAAUCAAUGUGCAGCAUGGGAACAAUCAAAGGCCGGCACGGCAGUCAUGCUGGGUAGCAGUGUCUCCCCCGGCUAUAACUUCAUCAACGUGUCCUCGCCUCUAUCGAGGACGAACUCCCGGCCGGUCACUUUGGGCUGGUCAGAUGACACCGAGUAUAACCUUGAGACUCUGCCAUACGAAGACCUCGAAGACGACGAUUAUGACGAUGUCUCCUUCGUUGAUGACGCAGAGAGGGCUGCAAGGGAUGACGAGCCGUCGCCCAAGAAACGGCGUCUGCAAAAGACCAAUGGGGUCCAGGUGAAGCGGUUGCCGGGCAGGCCUCCCAAGCUCAAGCUUGCGGCUAUCAAGACGAUGCGCGAGCACACGGCAUACCCGAAGACGGCGGAUGAGUUUCUGCGGUACGAUAAAGAGGACCUCGACUGGUCGAGCGAGAACGUUCGGCUUGCGGCUUUCAUUGUGGUCACUACCUUGCUCGGUGGCGUGGAUAGAGUUGUGGACUGGGGGUUGAUGCUGAGGCUUGUGCCUGAUCUGACUAUUAGCCAGCUCCGACACUAUUGGUGUGCCUUGAAGAAGGACCGGUUGUCGACCAUCGUCGGCCUCACGGAAAAGUUUCGGCGGGCGUUUCUCAGGGCGUACGAGAACAACGAGGUUCCGCCCAUUGAUUUCAACAACGUACUGGCCUAUGACUGGAAAGCCUUGAUCAAGUGGACGACCAAGCUCGACAUGGCCGAGUGGCGGAUGCUGCCAUCCACACGCAAGGCACUAGACAAGACCGUCACUGUGUCCAAGUUCAAGCAUGGCAACCGCCCAUGGAGGGAGGCUUUCUAUCACCCCCAGCGGUCCAUCUUCAACAAAUUCCAGGACGCCACCUCCGAGUCACUUGCACUAUCAGUGGACAAUAGCUCCGAUCCCAAGCUGAGCACCGACAUGAUCGUUUCCAUGUCCUGGACGCGGUCGCUGUGCGUGACGCCGGUCGAAGCGUACACGGCUGAUGCCGUCCUCCACAAGCGCAACAGCCUAUUCCCGUCCCGUGCCAAAACGGAGAUUACUGAGUUGAUGAUUAAGGGCGUCGACCAGCUCCAACGGCAGGGCGUCAUCUCCAAGUCGUCGUCGAAAUGGUCUAACGGGCGCCGAUGGCGCUUCAACACGCGGGUUCUCGACUCCCUUGAGAAAUCCGCCCAGCAACACAAGUUUGUCAAGGCGGUUGAGUUCAAAAAGGAGCUCGACCAGGCCUUCCGGGCGGGCGAGACAAAGAAGCGCGUGACCUACAUCACCAACGACGGCAUGAUCAUGGCCCUCCUGAACCUGCAGGCCAACGGCCGCGUGCGGGUCAAAACAACAGGCCAGCCGAAUGUGCCCAUGGGUCACGAGCCGGGCAACUACGAAACCCGCAAGUACACCAAAAAAUACAUGCAUUUCCGCCUCGACGUCUUCCCGACCGACGCCUACCUCUACGACGAACCCGCCACACCCACCCAAAUACACGGCAACCAAGAAGAAGAGGAGACCGAGCACCACGAAACCGAAGCCGAAGCCGAAAAAGAAGAAAAAGAAGAAGAAGACACCACCCUCACGGACCUGCGCGCGCGCAUCCGCGCCACCGCGCCACCCACGCGGGGCCCCGGCGGCGCCGUGCCCGUGUGGUGCGACGUCUUCGGGCGCGUCGACGCCGACCGCUGGCUCAAGUACCUUAGCGCGGUGCUGAUCACGCUGGCGUCGCGCGGCUCCAUGCGCGCCGAGGAGCUCGCCCGCACCCUCAAGCCCGUCAUCAUGGUCUUUGAGGCCGAGCUGGUCAUGGACUGGGCCGGUCGGCUGGGGCUGUUGAAGGCCCAGCUGGGGGGGAUGGCGCCGGCGGUGAUGGAGUGGUGGUGGAUUGCGGUUGAGGUGCAGCGGGAGGGGUUGAGGGAGAUGGAGGAGGAGGCUGCUGAGGCUGCUGCUGCUGCGGGUGCGGGUGCGGGUGUGGGUGCGAGUGGUGGUGGUGGUGGUGGUAAAGGGGUGGGAACGGGCGUGGUGGACGGGAGUGGGAGUGGGAGUGGGGGGAGGCAGAGGAAGGCUUUGCCCUCGGCGAGACCGGUGAGGGGCGCUGAGAGUGGCGGGGCAGUGUAGGCUUAAAAUGGUGUGCAGGUCUUUGGGGAGGAGGGUGAUUGUAAGAUUGUGCGAGGAAUGGGGUUGUUGAUUUGGAGUUUGGCUGCUUUGGUGGUUGCCCUUUGGAAUACCCCGAGAUGGUUAUCAAGGGGGGAAAAGUCCUUGGGGAUAAAGGUUGGAGUGCGAUACCCUUUUCGAUGUACAUCGCAUAACCUGGAGUUAACGGAAUGGUGCGGGAGCAUUGCCUUUUACACAACUCCAUUGUCUCAAUGGAUGGUUCUUAAACUUUGACUGUGUU